AUGGCUGAUCCAGUCAACUCAUCCGCUCCACGAUGGGGGCAAAUUCGCAUUGCUGAGCUUCUCGACAGGGCUCAACCAGCACAUAAUUCGCAGAUUGGUGAAUUCGGGCCUACAUUCAUUUCCAUGGACUUUGUGGAAAAACUAGGCUUGAAACCCUUGCCUUCGACACCUGGCGCCUGGAAGCAGAGAUCUGCCCGCUAUCCAAAGAGUCGCAUGGCGAAGUUGGCAGCAGAGAUGGGGACGAUUUUUGGCUCGAUGAUUCUGAAGGAGAACGCUGUGCUUGGCCAGACGCGAGAACCUCUCAAUUCUCCGACUUCUUGGAACGCUGGACUUUCCGCCCAAUCUGAGGUAUCCGGCGAGAGAUGGCACUCAGGGAUAGGAAAUCUCUUAGGAAACUCCCUGAAACAAAUGGUCCGUGGCAUAGUAUACUCUCUUCUGAAAACUAGCUAA